CGGGGAGAUAAGCGCAGACAAUCACAUCGGAACUCUCCAGGCAAUCUCUAUAUAAAGCUGCGGGCGACUCUCCAGUCAAUUAUUGUUGCAUUUGUCAUCAGUGAUACAGGAGUUUAACUCAGGAUAGCCAAAGAACUUUAGCGGUGAUGGCUCCUCGACCAGGAUUAGGAGGGUCCUCAUCAGAGAACUCUGACAAGAUGUCAAAAGAGACUUCAUUUAAACAAGGAAAAAAUGAAAAUGAGACAGUGCCCACAAAAGAUCAAGUUAUAGCAUCUGCGAAUUCCACUGUAACCUUGGUAGAGGAUGAACCUGAAAAUGACCCGUGGGCACUCCCAGACAUAGAGGGCACCGGAGUAAAGUGGUCAGAGAUGAGCACAAAAGAGAAGAUUCUGUCUAUACUGUUUUCCAUCGGAAAAAUAGCUUUAUUGCUUGGUUUCCUUUACAUGUUUGUCUGUUCACUAGAUGUCCUCAGUUCUGCUUUCCAGCUUGUUGGAGGCAAAGCAGCCGGUGAUAUAUUUAAGGACAAUUCUGUGUUGAGUAACCCAGUAGCUGGAUUGGUGAUUGGAGUACUGGUGACAGUGAUGGUUCAGAGCUCAAGCACUUCGUCCUCCAUUAUAGUGAGCAUGGUAUCAUCUGGAUUGAUGGGUGUGAAAUCAGCCAUUCCUAUAAUAAUGGGGGCCAAUAUUGGAACGUCUGUUACCAAUACAAUAGUUGCAAUGAUGCAGGCUGGUGACCGGAAUGAGUUCCGAAGGGCCUUUGCUGGAGCUACAGUGCAUGAUUUCUUCAACUGGCUCUCUGUGAUUGUGCUGCUACCCCUGGAAAUUGCCUCCCAAUAUUUGUACCAACUUACAAAUCUUAUAGUAGAAUCUUUCAACCUUCAAAGUGGAGAAGAUGCUCCUGACUUGCUGAAGGUUAUUACAGACCCUGUAACAAAAGGCAUCAUUCAGCUUGACAAAUCAGUAAUCAAUGACAUUGCUACUGGGGACUCAUCUGCAAAGAACAAAAGUUUGAUUAAGAUCUGGUGCAAAUCAUUCACUAACGUGACUGUACAGAAUGUAACCGUUCAAGGCCCUGAGAACUGUACUGAAUUCUGUUGGACAGAUGGCAAUGUCACAUUCACUUUGAAAAAUGUGUCUCACAAAAUAGGCAUAGAAAAAUGUAACCACAUUUUUGUCAAUACUUCACUGAAUGAUCUUGCUGUUGGUCUUAUCCUGCUUGCAUUAUCCUUACUUGUGCUCUGUAGCUGUCUGAUACUUAUUGUCAAGCUUUUGAACUCCAUGCUGAAAGGAAAAGUUGCCUCAGUCAUCAAGAAGAUUAUUAAUACUGAUUUUCCCUUUCCCUUUGCAUGGGUGACAGGAUACAUUGCAAUCCUUGUUGGAGCAGGAAUGACUUUUAUAGUUCAAAGCAGUUCUGUCUUUACAUCUGCCAUUACCCCACUUGUUGGUAUUGGCGUCAUAAGUAUUGAAAGAGCAUAUCCACUUACUUUGGGCUCCAAUAUUGGCACAACCACCACUGCAAUUCUGGCAGCAUUAGCAAGUCCAGGAGACACUCUUGCCAAUUCACUGCAGAUUGCCCUUUGCCACUUCUUCUUUAACAUAUCAGGGAUCCUCCUCUGGUAUCCUAUCCCCUUCACUCGCGUACCUAUACGCCUCGCAAAGGGUCUAGGAGAUUGGACUGCUAAGUAUAGGUGGUUUGCUGUGGUGUAUCUGAUCCUUUGUUUCUUUAUUUUGCCUUUAACCGUGUUUGGACUUUCAGUUGCAGGCUGGCAGGUAUUAGCAGGAGUUGGAGUACCUAUUUUAGUGUUAGCCAUUGUUGUAAUUAUCAUUAACAUUAUGCAGUCCAAGUGCCCACGGUUCUUACCAAAUGUGCUGAAAACUUGGGAUUUCUUGCCAGUAUGGAUGCACUCUUUAAAACCCUGGGACAAGAUUAUUACCUCAAUGACAAACUUCUGCAAACAUCGGUGUUGCUGUUGCUGUAAGUGUUGUCAAAAUACAAACGAUCAAGACAGUGAUCUCUCUAAAAAUCAAGUAAUCUCUCCAGAGGUGUAUGAGAAUCCUAUAGCGCUUGAGAAUGAACAAGAGGACUAUAAUAAAAAUGAAGAACCAAAUGGGCAGAUCAAAAUAAGUACAACGAAUUUGUAAUUAUAUUUUGUGAUUGCUUUCUAAUGGUGCUUUUUUGAUGUACAUGUAUAUUUCAAAUUAUAUAUGCUUUCAAUACUUGGGGUAUUCCAGAUGAAGUAACUUAUGAGGGUGAAGCUCACACUUUACCUUUGAUAUGAUGUUAUUUCAUACUUAACAUCUGCUGAUCUCAGUGAAAGAAACACCUCUAUCGGUUUCUAUCUACUAUGGCAGUAUGGCAACCCCAAGUGGCCACUACUAGACACAUAAAUGUGUCACAUAUUAAUGGCACAAUUUUGCACAAAGUAUACUGUAUGUAUAGCAAGUAAAGUUUUUAUUUUUACCAGUAUCAGUUUAGACUUGCUUAAAAUUGUAUUUCUUCUGUUUAUGUACAAAUCAAAUUCUCUUUUUAUUUAUUAAAGAAGUAUUGUACAAAUGUGUAUAUAUUUAUGUAAAGAUAAUCAUUACAGAAUAAUAUUUUUUGCUAUGGAAAAAAUGAAUUUUUUAGUGUCCUGUUUGCUGAAGACAUUUUCAAAACAGUGUAAUGGUUAUCUAAUGGCAAACAGCUAUGAAUGCAAGAGAAUUCUUGAAUAAAUAUAAGUUCAGGCAAAUAUUUGGGUACACAUCAAAUUUGGCUAUUUCUCUUUUUUUUUGCAUGAGAAGGACUAUUGAAUAAGAAAAUGUAAAUUUAAUGCAGUGAAAUCUUGCCUGAUGACACAACAAUUAGCUUUGUCCCAGCAGAGCUGUAGGACACCACAGUUAGAUUCCAAGAUUAUUGUGUUAUUGUGUUUGUUUUUUCAUUACACAAUACUAAAUGCUGUUAAAUUGUUAACAUUGUUAGUUUUCCUGAAGGCAAAAAUAUUUUGUAACUGUGUUUGAAAGACUGAUACCCCUUUAGGGCAGGUUGUUAUGUUGGACCUGUUGAUUUCCAGUGGUAAGAACUGAGCCCAGAAAUGUUGGACUAAUAUCAGGAAGACAUAUUGAUUAUGUUAGACCACCAAUGUACUGGUGUACCAGAAUCAGAAGCUGUGUACUGAGUAUCCAGGGUGCUAGAGAAGUGAAAUUACAGAUCAUACAGAGAGGCAGACACAAACAGAAUUACUAUUGAAACAUAACAUAAAAGCUUAUUAGUAAGAAACUUACUACAAAAAGAGAAAAUUUUCAAUAUCACAUGUAUUAUAUGUUCAUUACCAAAUAAAUACCUGUGCUCUGAAUGCUUUGUAAGAAUACAUUUUUUGGUUAAAUACUGAAAUUUUUCUGUAAUUGUACAGUAAAAAUGUAUUGCUACUGUAUAACUCUGCAUUAUUAUCAUCAUUUACUUACUAUGAAACUAAAAUAACAGGAUAGAUAAGUAUAGAUAUCUCAUUCUUAUUCCCUAACUGUACACUUAUUUAUGCUGUUACUGUAGAUACACAAGAAGAACACACUAAUAAUACCUAGCUACACUAUAGUUUUUGAAUUAGAACUUAAUUAAAAAUACUGUCCAUUUUAAAAAUGGAGCUGGAAACUAAUGCCUAGAACUUUUCAAUACACAGUAUAAGCAAGGCAUCUGACCACAAACUGUAUCAGUAAAUGCAUUUUUCUAUGUACUCUAGAAAUAAAUAUAUUUUAAUUACUUAAGGUGAGAAAAGGUUACAUUCAAUGCAAUUGGAUUAAUGUCACUAAUUAUGUCUUUACCUAUAUGGAGUAUCAAAUGCAACAAUGAAUUGGUAAUUUGGGUAAUAUUAGUAAUAUGUUUUAAUGUAUUAAUUGUUAAUAUUCAUUUAUUAAAAUAGUUAUAACUUAAAAUGGACAAACCAAUCUGUGAUAAAGCAAACAAAAUAUUCAUGUAUUACUCUGACAAUUUUGAAUAAGGCAGCACCCUUAGCUACUAAUCACAGUACUUCGUUGCUUUGCUUUUCCUCCAGAUUCAGGAUCUAAAGUGGUGAAACUGAAACAGACCAGCACAUUGAGGUGUUUAUUUAAAUCCGGCUUCACUUAUAUAUAUAUUUUUUUUUUUUUUAGUUUUUUACUAAGUUAAAAUACUUGAGUUCUUUAUUGGAUUUGCACAAAUAUAAUGUAUGUACAUAUUAAAGAA